AUGGAAUUUUUUGCUGAAGAAAAAGAGAGUAUUGUUGCUAUGGGCAAUGGUUCUGGCGCCGAUGAAGGUGAAAGUGAAGGUGAAAUAGUGAAGGCUCCUCUUCACAACUUUGAUUUACCUUCUUCUUUGAAGUGGGGUUCUCAGCGUCAACUCAGGUGUCAAAAGGUCACUGACAAUGGCGACGGAUCCUCGCAGAGGGAGAUGGUUUCUACACUGGAGAGUGCAAUGGAGAGGAUAAGCAUUUUAAGGAUUGCUUACGGUGAUGAUGAAGGGGUCGAUGCUAUGCGGGAGAGGUUGACACUUGAUUUGAAGGCCGAAGCUAGAAGGAUGAAAGAUGUCGUUUUGAAAAAGGAGAAAGAGAACAGUGUUGGUAGUGGUGGUGAAGGGUCGUCAAAGGCUGCUGCAAGAGAGAAAUCAUGGAAUUUUAGGACUAGGAAAGGUGUUGCUAGAGAGGCUGGAAAGGGGUUGAAGAUUGAUGAAAAGAAACCCAACAUAUCGUCGCCGUUAAAAGGUGGUGGUUCUACUGAGAAGAAGACGAUGAAGUUUUCUUUGUCGUUAACAAAGAAGGAGAUUGAGGAAGAUUUCAUCAAGAUGACAGGUCAAAAGCCUCCUAGAAGGCCCAAAAGGGGACCUAAAAAUACCCUUUUCCCUGGUGCGUGGUUGUCUCAGGUUAAUGCUGAUUCCUACAAGGUUCCUGAUGCUCCUGAGAAUGGCAAGUUUCUGGUUCUGCAAUGCUUUCAUCAAGCUUUGUAG